AUGGCUCUGGUGCUGAGACAGAUCCAAAGAAGAUCUAGCAACGAGCAAGACAGAGAGACGUCGUCUCCCUCGGCAACUCAACCUCAAAAUCUCUCCAAUUAUCCUCCAAGCAACAUCUUUCCUGGGCUCGUGACCUCUGACGACUGCUCAAAUGCUCUCGGCCAGAUGGGUUUCAUUACCCAUCGCAGGACAAAGGAGGUGGAUUGGCAUGGUCAGCUGCAGACCUGCCAGGCAAUCCUGGCACUCAUGGUAAUGGGCACCUGGGGGACUCGAGACGUGGUAAGGGAGAUUCUUGCGUUGCAGAGCGUUCUGGCUAUCCUAGUGCGUGAAGACGGCCUUUCCAACCUGGACGACGAUGUUCCACCCCCACAACACUGUGUGCAUGCUGGUGAUCCAGACCGUACGUCCUGGGUGACCUGGGCGUGCGCGGAGAGCAGGAAGCGGACUAAGCUCUUGACUUAUUGCUUCUUCAACCUGCAGGCCGUGGCAUACAAUAUCACACCCCUAAUAACCACAGCAGAGAUUUCGUCGGUCAUCCGGAAAUACCGAGGUCUCCUUUCAGGACAGCUUUGCGGGUCUCUUCCAACACAGAAGCGCUCUCUCAAAUUCAAGUCCAUCCGUGUCAGCUCUCGGAACUACAUCUUGAUCUCUGCCCUACUCCAGCGGAUCUUUUCCCUCCGUCUGUCCACAACUGGCACCAUACCAGGGACAAACCUGCUGGAUUUCCGACCUGACGAGAUCGACAUCCUUAGCCAUGCCCUGCAGUUGUGGCAGGCCCUGCGGAAAGAGGCUCCAGGAUCGAGUCUGGACCCACAAUCUCCUUCUGGCCCCGUUGCCUUCAACUCAUCGGCGCUACUUAGACUUGCGUGGAUACGGUUUCACUCUGACUUGGGACCUUGUCGAAGCCUAUGGAGCAGAGAUCCGCUUCUGAUAGCGGCGUCAUUCAGAAGUUGCCCUCCGCUGCAACGGUCACCACGACUUAGCCAUGCCAUCCUUCAGGCCGCCCAUGCGCUAUCCAUCCCGGUGCGUCUCGGCAUCAACUUUGUCGCGCGGACCCAGACCUUUUCGUGGAGCAUACAGCAUUCACUGUGCAAUCUCAAGUGUGCAAUCUUGCUCGACAGAUGGCUUGGGGAGAUUGUGUUGACUCUGCCGCAACAUCCACUGACGACUGAGGAGAUCAACAUCAUCAACCUCCUCAGGGGCGUCAUUCGGGAGAGCGAUUUGUACGUCCCGGAGAUUAUCACAGAUAGCACGGCUAUAGAGUGCCAGCAACGGAGUAUUAGAUAUCUUAGGGUUGCUGUGAUCCCUCUUUGGGCGAUGAUAUAUGAUGGCAUCCAUGUCUUUGAUGUGGUUAGCACCAUUGGCUCCAGCCUGAAAGUCCAUGCGCAGAGACUUGAAGAGAAGCAAGCAUUGGCAAGCGAAUAA